GCACUUCCGAGAGAAAGUGCGCUGAUCUCUUCUCGCGAGAUAUGUGAACGGCCAUCUUGUUCCUGCCUCUGACAGUCUCGGGUCGGGGUCACGGGGACACGGAAUCCGCCGUCCGGAUCUUCGCAGACAAUGCUGUCCCGGGUGGUACUUUCUGCCGCCGCCACAGCGGCGCCAUGUCUGAAGAACGCGGCUGUCCUGGGGCCAGGGGUAUUACAGGCAACAAGGGUCUUUCACACAGGACAACCUCGUCUUGCCCCUCUACCACCUCUUCCUGAAUAUGGAGGGAAAGUACGUUUUGGGCUGAUUCCUGAGGAAUUUUUCCAGUUUCUCUACCCUAAGACUGGUGUCACAGGACCCUACAUGCUUGGAACUGGGCUUAGCUUGUAUUUUCUAUCCAAAGAAAUAUAUGUGAUUACCGCAGAGACCUUCUCUACCAUAUCAGUAGUAGGGUUGAUUGUCUAUGUGAUUAAGAAAUAUGGCGCCUCUAUUGGAGAAUUUAUUGACAAACUUAAUGAGGAAAAAAUUGCUCAACUAGAAGAAGUAAAGCAGUCAAGCAUCAAACAAGUCCAGGAGGCAAUCAACAUGGAGAAGGCACAGCAGGCACUGGUUCAGAAGCGCCACUACCUCUUCGAUGUUCAGAGGAAUAACAUUGCCCUGGCCUUGGAGGUCUCUUACCGGGAACGACUACAUAGAGCAUAUAAGGAGGUAAAGAAUCGCCUGGACUACCAUAUUUCUGUACAGGACAUGAUGCGUCGCAAGGAGGAAGAGCACAUGAUAGACUGGGUGGAGAAGCAUGUGGUGAAGAGCAUUUCUGUACAGCAGGAAAAGGAGACCAUUGCCAAGUGCAUUGAAGAUCUAAAGCUGCUUGCAAAGAAGGCUCAAGCUCAGCCAGUUAUGUGAAUGUGUCUGUCUCAGUUGUGAUAGCCAGAGAGAGUUAACUUAAAUGGGAACUAGUUAUGUGAAGAACUCUUUCUGUAUGGCUGUCUAUUGAAAUUACAAUGUACCUUUCCUAAGAAAUGAUCAAGGUCCAUUUAGUGGCUUAACCCUUGGCCAGUAAGGUAUUUCUGAUCCUUCUCUGUAUGCGGAGUUGUCUGAUCACAUUUGAAUAAGCAAUUUGCAGCAACUAGCUGCCCCGCUGAAAUUACCGGGUUAUAGUUUAAACUUGUAAUUAGUUAAAACGUCUUGCAAUAAAAUGUUUAAAACAGAA